CUCCAGCUUGGACAAGCCAAUUUGGGCCCACAGGUUAACAAUGGUCAGGAUGAUGAGCCCAGAAUUCCAAACCAAAGCGGAACAGGCUCUUGACCUUCAAUCCAUACCUCUGAUUUGUGCCACUCCUCGAAACCGCCAGUCAGUGAACCUAAAUGCCUGAAGUUUUUGGGUCGUCCGCUACCAGCGAUUGUAACGUGAGUUAUUCACGCUCUUUUCAGAUGCCAGUCUGAGCACCAACAAUAUGCUCCGCUUCCGGUCUCAGUCGAUGAGCUGUAUCUCUGAAUUUGCACAUGCGGGAGACAUGUCGACCACUCCUCGUCUGCAAUGCCAAGCCAGUGUCAAUCUCCCUUCCGAAAUUCAGCAAGAUUUAGAAAUUCUUGCCGGUCAAGAGAUCUUCAUCCAACGCAUUAGCGACUCAACCAGGAAUCCUCUACCUACUGGCUGGACUCUAACAUCGCUAGAGGACCACAUUGAUUAUGUCCUGCGGCGGAGGAUGACACAGGAUACCGAUCAUAGGUAUGCCUUCAGAAGCUCGUUAACUUCCUGCCACUUACCCUCCUUCAGUGAAUUAGGACUUUCACCGGAAAUCGACGAUCUAGAUCCUGUUGAAAGACAAGAAGGUUUUCAAUCUUUUGCUUCCAGCAGCAAUCCUAUAUCAAACGCGCACCGACAUGCUUGCUCGCCUGUAGGAGUACCCCCUCCUUCGGUCACUGCCCUUGGACGAUCCUCCUCCCUUAAUCUAGCAGAGAGCUAUUGUCAUGUUCCCUCUCAACGGGAGGUCAUGAAUACACCGUCCUUCAAGUUGCCAUGGGUUCCUGCCAGUUCCCUUACCGCAUCGCAGCCUUCCUCCAAACCCCUUUCACGCCCGUUGUCUGAGAACAGCAUUCAAGAACGCACGAAUCAGCAGCGCCAUGCCGCAUGCGCAGCGGUCCAAGGAGCAGUUGGGUCAGCUGCGGGUCCUAGUAGGACUGGAUCGCAAAGUGCACGACCUAAACCUUACGUGAGGAAGAAACCGGGCGAGCACGAACCUGACUUUGUCCUUGUUCGCGAGCCAGGCCAUUAUGAUCAAGUUUGCCAAUGGGUUAUGGAAACCGACCAACUUGGCAAUGCCUUGACUGUAUGCGGAGAAGCUUUCACCUCCAAUGAAGGAGCCAAGGUUCACCUCCAGUCCCAUCGCAACGUCGACAACGUCCAUAUGAAUGAUGACGGUAGCGAAUUUGAGGCUGCAGGUAAUAGAAAGAUUCGAUGUGGGUGGCUUGGGUGCGAGAAAAUGAUGCAAAGCAAAUUCUUCUCGAGGCAUGCCCAAUCUAUUCAUUUAGAAUUGAAAAUCCUCUGUUUGCGGUGUGGAGACACUGUGAAACGGGUAGACGAGGAGAAGAGGCAUAGAGCUGUUCAAUGCGAAAGGACGCGUUUGAGAAACAAAUGAGACCACGACCGUAUUUACACAACGUCAACUGUGAUGCGAUGUUAUCUUUCGGACUCGGACUCGGAGGCGUCAAUUCCUCGUAUACUCGGGUAAUGUGUUUGAGACGUGGUAUAAUUCGUAACUGCUCCAAGGUUUACAAGUAUUUUACACCAUUCACAACUACAUAGUACAGUACAUUAUUGAAAGAUCCUAAAGUCAUAGGAACAAGUUAUGCAAGAUAUUAGAACUCCAGAUAGAGGGUAUAUAGGGGUAUAUAGGACAAGUACAUCUGCAUCGUCCGUCAAUUGUGG